GCAGCCCGGUCCGGGGGGAGGUGUCCCUGUCUAUAGCAGGGGGCUUGGAACUAGGUGAUCUGAAAGGUCCCUUCCAACCCAAACCGUUCUGUGACUCAGUGAAAAAUGAAACAGUGCUCCGCUGUAUUUUCCAGAGACGUGAACUUGCACAGCUUGGAUGCGGUUGGUUCUUCAGAACCUGCCCUGCAAGUCUGGGAGGACAUUCACGUCCUCACCAAGGACCUGGAUGAAGGAACAAAGUGUGCCCCCGGCCUGUGUCUAGAAGAGGCGGACACCCCAGAAAGCAGUGCUGUGAUUUAGAGACAGUUAGCCACAGUGAGAGCUGGACAGAGAGGAACCUGGUGGGGUUUUACAAGUGCGAGUGCAGGGCGGUACACCUGCGGGGGGAAUAACCACACACGCCAGUCCCGGCAAUGGGCUGACCUGCUGGAGAAGGGCUCUGCACAGAAGGACCUGGGUGUCCUGGGGGACGCCAGGCUGGCCCUUUUCGCCUUCUGGAGACGUUCCUUGUCAGCCGCCAAGGAGAGGUAUCCUUCCAAGGGAGAUCAGGUAGGUUACCCAGGCAGGUGGACAACCGUGGAGAAAGGUGUUGAGCAAUCGAGGGAAUUAGCUGUGCUGGAUAAAGCGUUUGAAGAGAAAUAGAAACAUCAGCCUUUAUCGUGCUUGCUUUUUUGUUUGUUUGUUUGUUUGUUUUUUAAUGGAAACUUGGUUCUUUCUCGAGUGGUAUGUAGUGUGAGUUAGCAUCGUCUGAAAUGAUCGUGGCCAGAGUUCUGACAAAAAGAAGGGCAAUCGACAUAGCACGUUGGGAGGAAAUUCUUUCAAAGGUUGCCCAGAGAAGGUGUGGAGGUCUUGCUUGGGAGCCAAGGGCCCACACCCACAGCCACCAUGAGGCGGUGAGCGUGAUGUCACAGUGGGUGUCAGAGUGCAGCCAUUGUGACGCGUGAAGCUUGGAGUAGAGCACAGGCUGGCGGGCUCAGCGCAAGCGUCAGUGCGGCCUGGUGAGGCGUGGAGAGAGCAGGGUCUCUUGCAGUGCUCACCGUCGACGCAAAUGAUGUAUGCUAGGAAGCGGAAGUUGUCUGACUCUCAGGAGCCAGCGUGCGUGCUGUGUGGCCGGGGAGAUGUUGACCGAAACAUCUUUGGCCGCACAUUUGACCAGAUUUGGUUUUGGGUCCACGAGUUCUGCUUGCUUUUUGCCAACAUCUCUUUUGAUGAAAGCUCCACACAGGAGGGAACUGUGGGCAUUGACUCAGCUGCCCUCACAUGCAAAGUCAAGCAGGCAAACCAGAAGCAAUGCUGUGUUUGCGGUGAGAGGGGGGCUGCCAUCACAUGUGCAGAGAGCGGCUGUGAGCGGAGCUUUCAUCUGCCCUGUGCCAAGGAUGGACAAUGCGUCACCCAGUUCUUUGGUUGGCAAAGGUCCUUCUGCUGGGAGCAUCGCCCUCGACAGACCGCAGUGACAGCUCCAGCAAGAGGCACCACCUGCGUCUUGUGCCGGCAGACCGUGGGGAACGUUGCAUCCUACCACACCCUGGUGUGCCCAGUGUGCAAACAUGCCUGGUUCCACCGGGCCUGCGUCCAGCAACAGGCCUUGAAUGAAGGCAUUGCGUGCUUCCGGUGCCCUGCCUGCCAAGACAACACUCUGUUCUGUAUUGAAAUGUCCAUCCUAGGGAUCCGAAUCCCUGACAGAACACCAGAGCGGGAGGACAAUCGUGCAUCCGCAGUGGUUUUGCAGAGGCACGGGCACUGCGACGCCGUCAUCUGCUUUUGCGCUGGAGGCAGGGAUCAGGCAGAAGAAGAGGGGCCCUGGCAGCUGAUCCCGUGCAGCUCCUGUGGAGCGCAGAGCACCCACCGAGAAUGCUCCUACUCGAGCAUCAGAACGAACAAGUGGGACUGCGACAGAUGUGCUGGCCUGGGUACCGCCUCCAGCACCUUUGCGCAGCUCGCUGCCCUCAGCGCUGCCAGCCAGCAGGGCCUGGAGCCAUCCCACAGCCCCCAGGAGCCCGAGGACAGCUGCUCCGGCCCCACCAUCCAGCCAGCGUCGGGGCCAUCCCACACUUCCCAGCUGCUGGAGCUCAGCUGCCAGACCAGGCACUUUGGGAUCCUCCAGAGCAGCCACAGCGGCUGCGCGCAGGAGGCGUCCCAGGCAGCGGGGAACAAGCCGGACACGGAGCCGCUCCCCGCUGCAAGGUCGGGCCCCACCUUCCCAGAGCCGGACCAGAAGACCUCAGCGCAGCAGGCGAACACCAUCUCCAGCUGCUCAGAAGAGAACUCGCAGCACCAGCAGACCGGCGACACGGAGGACCUUGAGGGCUUCCCUGCGUCCAGACAGCAGGGAAUGGCCCAGGCAGCCAGGGGAGGCCCGCAUGCAAAGCCGUUCCUCAGUGGCACGUCGAGUGCCACAUGUCCACAGCCGGCACUGAGGAGGCUGCGGGAGCCAGUUCCAACAGUGGGGGCUGCCCCAGGCAUGAAGACCUCCUGGGUCUAA